GGUACGCAAUGCCGUCGGAAGAUUUCUCUCCGAGUGGAGUCUCUACAUAAGUUUACCAGCAGCCAAGUCUACUUCAUCAACCAAAGUUCAGCGAAGAAAUUAAUGUACAGUGAACAGUAUUAAAAGUAACUAGAAGAAAGUUUGUUUAAAUAUCUCGGGGUACUAGCGUCGUCUUUAUAUUUCUUUCCAUAAAUUAUUCUGUGAGUUUUAAAGCAUUUUAGUUUAGAUAAUUGAAAAGCUUUUAUAGAAGAAGUUGUGAGAGAACUUUCCGGCAUACUACUUAAAUAAUAACUGUUACCUAGCCACCUUUUGACAGCUGUAGUUUUGUAUAAUGCUCGUAACACAAAUAGGAUUGAUACAAACCAAACGCCUUUACUUUGAUCUGUAAAAAGCGUGAAUAUUUGGUAAAUAAGUUUUAAACAAACCUCAAGAUAUCUUGUGACAGAAGAAAUUUGUUUCUUCACAACAAACUUUUGUGGUUGAAUCGAUGGGACAAAGUUGUCAGUCAACAGGACUUGUGUCAUUUGCCUGAAGGAAGUAAUUUUUCUUCUUAUAAACACAAAUAGUUACUAUCCGAAGUUUUAUAUUUUGCAGUCCUUUUAUAGUGGUUAUAAUGGAGGAACUUGGUGUUAGCGCAUUCAUGAGUCUUUGUAUAGUAUGGACUUCUUGUGCCUCAACGUGUGACUUAAAAGAAAAUUGAAACUGACUUGCAUAAAGUGAAGUUUGAUAUAUGGUUAUCAAAAAACUGAAUCUCUAAUUUUAUAAGAGCUAAUUUUCAUGCAUCACUAUAAGGUAAUUAAUUUGAACAGGUCGUCUGAAAACAUGAAGUUUGUGUGAUACAAGAGCAGAUUCAAAGUGAAAUAAAAAUCAUAUGUUUAUGAAACCGUCUAUAAAAACCUGUGAAAGGAAGUUUCGAACAAUUGCAUUCUGGUGUGUAUACCACACUGUUUAAAGUCUUGAUAUAUAAGAGGCUAUGUGUUUGUGUGUAAGCUGAUAUAUAUAUAUGUGAAACAAUUAGAAAGUCAAGAGAUUUUUGCAGUAUAUUUGUUAGAAAUUAUAAUAUUGAUUGAAUUUACUUGACACUUUGAACGAAGGAAGUAAGUUCAAGAUACUGGAAUUUAGACGCAAAUAUUAUUUUGAUUUACUCUAACAAAUAUGGAUUGAAAUUAGUGAAAUAAGGACAGCAUUACGAAUGAACUAAAUUUUAUUUCAAGCUCGCUCUUGUAUGGAACUAGACGCCGAAACUGAACAAGUAAAACGGCUGCUGUGUUUGAUAUCCGAAAUCAGAAAAAUUCGAGUGUUGAUAUUUUCUUCAAAAAUAUAAAUUUGAUACUGAAUAGCUCUGAAAAAAGUAUACAGAUAUUAACCAAAAUUCUGAAGGCAACAGGAAGAUCCUCAAAAUAUACAAUUAAUUUACAUUUAAAGUAUGAAGAGAUUAGGCACGUGCAUUAUCGAUAUUUCAGUGAAUUAACAGACACAUUAAAUUCAGUGAAUUUUAUCUCGAGGCACAAGUGGUAACAGGACAGUGUUCAAGGAUUAUAUUACAUUACUCGAGAUUGAGACUGUCAAGAUGAAGGGGCACACACAUUCCAACCACAGACACCACCACAACAAUAACAACAACAACAACAACGGCAACAGUGCAGGAAAUAUGAAGGAGGCGGAACGCAGGCUCGGCGCAAUCCUGAGAACUGCCCAGAAGCUGGCGGUGUCUCCCGAAGACCUGUCCCGCCUCGUGGCCGUGAAGAAGCUGACCCAGGGCACCACACGCUGCAGAACUUUCUGCCGACACGCGCUCCCUCUGCUGGCCGGACUGCUAACUCUACUCAUGGUCCUGGUCAUGUACUCAGUCGAGGAGCAGGGACUUGGCUGCCUCAAGAACACAUCGGAGUCAUCUGCAACGACAUCCAAAGAUGUUGCCCCUGGAACACCGCAUCCAGCGGCACCGCCAGGCCAACCUAAUCAGGAUAAUUCGGAGCAAGGCCCUCAGAAUGAUCCAAUGACCUCAUCACCUGCUGAGCGCUGGGUGACUUCUGCGGGUCAGAUGCUGAGGCGAGAGCGGUAACCAUGGCAACAGGAAGUAUCACAACGAAGAGAACAGAAGGCCAUGAAGAAUGAACUGUCGUCCCGCAUCAGCAGAAACGUGACAUGUUAUUAUGACAUUAAAGGAAGUUUUACACGAAUCAAGAGAAAUCCGUUUUGAUUCAGUUUUAAGGCUCUGAAAUGGUAAGAAAAUUUGUGCAGUAUAAGGGCUUUAAUAAUGAAAGUAGCUUUAUUAUUUAUAAAGUCCAGAAACUUGUAUUUUAUUACAAUAAUUGUUGUGAAUUUUGAAAUAAGGUAGAUUAUCCGCAAUGAUUCUGAACAGUGAGACAGUUAAUGGGUUAAACAGUAAACUUGUCGGCAUCUUGCUUCAGUAUUAUAUCAGAAGUAGCUAAUAAAAACGUUUCUGAGGACCAAAUCUUAGUAUGCGGUUUGACAACUUAAAACUUUUUCCACUCUGGAAAAUUGAGAUGUCUGAACACUUCUCUCAGGAGAGGUACCCAAUGUAGUCCUAUGAGUAUAGAACAUCGAGUACCUCACACGUAUAUUCCGCUUAGAAUCAUAAUUAAAAUAGUAACGAAACAUUUUAUACUUGUCAUGUGACCAAUAUUUAUUAUUUUGAAGAUCCUCGCAUGUGUUCUAUAGCCUAACCAGCGCUUUCUGGUGUUUCUUACGAGAGGAAAAUUAAAUUACGUAGUUUUGUAUUUUUUCUUCAUUUUAUUAUAUAGACUUUCACGAUAAAUUUAUAAAAUUAUUAAGAUAUUAGCUUAACGAUGUAGUUGUGUCUUCAAAUUGCUUAAUUAAUUCAUUUGAAAAAGUGACUUAAUUUUCACCUAUUUUCCAUAUAAGUGAACGUAGAUAAAAUUACUAAUUCUAUUUGACAAGGCUAAGUCUUAAUAUCCAUAAAUUAUUUGUUUGAAAUAAUUGUGAUUACCCUUCAUAUCAUAUUAUUUUGUAAUUAUUUUUCACAUAUAAGUAAAGGAAUCCAAUUGGUCGCAGACAUGUCUCUGGUAUUUAACAUAUCAAAUUUGACACGGUCCACUUCAGUGCUCUAUUUUACCAUAUAAUGAUAGAUCUAUAAAUAAAAAAAAUAUAGUUACAGUUAUCGACAUUUGGGGCAGUUACCCUCCCACAACCCGUACCGACGCAUGCGCGUGACAUAAAGUUUCGUGUUCACAGUAAAGUCACAGUCACCGCAUUGCACUCGCUCCCUCCGAAUUCCGUUCAUCUCUUCUGCUCCGCACCGAACUGAAUACUGGCCUACUAACCUCCUCACGGCACUUGCAGAGAAGUUUCGAGGAUGUUCGCUGACGAAUUCGAGUUUCCUCGUUAUGUGAUCGGUUUCCCGAAAAUUCCAAAAGAGGGUUCUUGAUUUUCCGAUAGGACAAGAGGCGCGCGCAGGCCAGCCGACGCUAUCCCACCGCCCUCAGUUCCCGCUACAAUAUGACUACAUACGUAUGUAGUACGUACAGGAUAUCCAUAAAUGAUUGAUAUAAUUUUAAUUCUGAAUCAGUUUUUAAUAUUAUUUUAGAUUUAUUAACUUGUGCUGGGAAUUUAUGUUACACAAACUAUGCAAGAAUAGCAUUUCCUCGUUCUAUGGUCUGGUAGUUAGGUACAAACUUUUCGAAGGAAUAUACUGAAUCAAUAUUUAGGCAUAAUCCUUAAGGCACUAUUCGAUUCCCACAUGUCACAAAACGUGUAGUGGAAGACCAUGAGAUCGCAGUAUGAAAAUUGGAAUGUUCAGAGCCUUAAAACAAAAUUUAAAAACUCUGAAGAUAUGAGCCAGCUGAUGAUAUUCACCCUGUUAAUAGAAUUGUGAGUGUGGAACAAAUAAAAGUUUUUAUAAUGUGAUUGUAACUGGAGGAAGUCAAGAGAGGGACAUAUUGACCUCUGAAGUGGCAAUAGCAGUGAUUUAACUUU